CCGAUCCAACAACUGCAACUGACUCUAAAUUAUUACGAAGCUCAGAGCCAUGGAGGUCGAGGUCGAGGUCUCCGGCACGAAGCCCUCGGCCGACGCGAAAUUGAGGAGAGUGGAUUCGCAGCACAAGGAUCAGCUCCGCGUGAAGAGGAAGACUCUGCAGGCGGUGCUCGAGCAGUGCCAGAGGGCGCUCGAGUCGCUCGGUACAACUGGGGGUGCUGACGAGGAGGAUGAUGGGUAUGAUGACGAAGAUGACGACGAUAACAGUUCUCGUGGUGCCGCCGUUGACGACGACCGCCGACAGGGAAGGGGAUCGACGAGUUCGCUGGCUGACUGCGAAGCCGACGAGUUAUGCAACCUUCUUAAAUCUAGAGUUGAAUGCCCCGACUUCCUUCAAAAGCUAGAAAGUGCACAAGCAUCAGUUCCGCAAAAUAUACCUGCAGAAGAAGGUAAUACGUGGGAUCUGGUUAGUGAGAAUGAUCUAUGGGAAGAUGAGGAUAGCAAAUUUGGUGAAGAAGACUACGUUCUUGUUAGGCAAGAAGAUAUAGUAGAGGGUAUUGCAUGCUUUAUGGCUGCAUACCUGUUGUCCCUUAAACAGACUAAGGAAUUGACCCCUAAUCAACUUCAGAAAGCCCUUAGCAAAACAUUCUCAGUGAAAAAUAAGAAGGGAAAGCUUCGUAAGGCAUGGGACGGAAGUAAAGUUAUUUAUAAUGUAGCAUCGUGGGGGGCAACUGCCAUUGGGUAGGAUAUACCAAAACCCUGUAAUCAUAAGGGUUGCCACAAAAGCCUUCUGGACAUCUUGCCAAGUUCUAUCAAAGUUUCUCUAAUUUGUCUCUACUGCUGGGGGAAGGGGAUUUAGCGUUCAAGAUUUGCUUGUUUUAUUCAGUACUUUGUGUACUUCCAACGCAGCCUCGUGUUCUACAAGUCUGUAACGUUACUGGCGUUCGUUUCAUGAUACGGAUGUGUUGAUUCCUUGAUGAAAUUUGAUCCUGUAAAUAUUUGUUUCUGGUUGAAGAGUGCGGUUCAAAUUUAUGUAACAUAGCACUGAACGCGUGUUGGACAUUUUAGAUAUUUCCUUACUGCUGCACGAAGUCAGGAAAGAUGUCUUCGAUCGCGUUAGGUAGGCGUUUUAUGUAGGAAAAAUUCAAAAUGUAUUGCUUUCUAUGUUGGAUGUUGAAGAAAUAAAGCAAAGAGAUGACUUUUAAGUGAA